ACCCAAACCCCAAAGCACCACUCCCAACAACCAGAACGGAGACACUCAGUACUGAGUGUGUUACAACUCAACCACCGACAAAAUACAGUGCAAUCAAUGAGCGACAACAAUCAAGCGACAGGUUCAGAAGAAGCAUCUUCGUCAUUGGCGGUUGUUCCACUACAAGCCGAGGGAGAUGCGAUUCUCUCCGUAUCGCAAUUCCCACCCUUGUCCACGUUUCAAAAGUCCAUCGAAUACCCUGCAGUUAUUAUCCCUGUUCGACGAACCGCCGAGCUUCGCAAGUCCUUGUCCUCUGUGUUGUUGCGUCUUCCCAAAAUCAAAAAUGUGUAUCCCAAUCCAGACGAUGAGACGACGAGAAAGCUUGUCUUGGACAAUCCAAAAGCCUUGAAGGAUGAUCGGGUCCGUGCCUUGUUGGCCAAUGACAAGUGCGCCCAGACGACACAUACCAUUACCUUUUCCUAUGAGGACUGCACCGUGGAUGAAGUGUUGCGAAAACUAUUGCCCAGUCGCAUACCCGAAGUACCAUCGGCUUUUGAAGUUGUGGGUAGCAUUGCCCAUUUGAAUUUGAGAGACGAUCUGUUGCCAUAUAAGUUCAUUGUGGGCAAGGUAAUCCUGGACAAGAACCAACCCCGCAUUCAAACCGUGGUGAAUAAGUUGGGUUCUAUUUCCAAUGAAUACAGAACCUUUGGGAUGGAGGUGAUUGCUGGUCGUGGGGGUAGUGGCGAAAAUAAUGAUAAUGGCGACCAUGCUGAUGAUUGGAGCUUGGUCAAGGUCAAAGAGGAUGGGUGCGAAUUCACGCUGGAUUUCCAACAAGUCUAUUGGAAUUCUAGGUUGGGAGGGGAACACAAACGACUGGUUCAAAUGAUUAGAAAGGAUGCCCAACAACGACCGGACAAGUCUGUGGUGGUGGCCGACUUGAUGGCGGGAGUUGGACCUUUUGCAGUGCCGUUGACAGCCGGUCUACCCAACAAUAAGAACAAUCAAAGAAAAAAGAAGAAGAGCAACAAAGCCCAAAAGUCGGAUAAAGGGGAUAAUGGGAACAAACAAGACACGGAUGCUACCACCAUAAUUGUCCAUGCCAAUGAUCUGAAUCCAGCAUCUUACAAGUACCUCAAAAUCAAUGCCCAAAACAACAAAUGUCCCAGCGACCGAUUGCAUUGCUACAAUAUGGAUGCACGGGCCUUUUGUCAUCAGCUUCAACAACAAACAUCAUCAUCAUCACCAUCAGCCACGACAGAACCACAAUCUGCCACCACAAGCGACGACAAGCAUGUAGAGUUUCACCAUGUGAUUAUGAAUUUACCCGCGUCUGCUCCCGAGUUUUUGGAUGCGUUUCGCGGGUUCACCAACACAAUUCUACCUCGCAUUCAUGUCCACUGCUUUGCCCCGAAAAAGCCAGAGACAGCAGAAGGUAGUGCUGCCAGCAAAGAAGAGGAUGGUGUUGAUAGGGCAGUGGUGGAGCGCUGUAGCAACGCGUUGGGAUGUGCCCUGGAUGUGGAGAAACAUGAAGUAUCGGUUAGGAUCGUGCGUGAUGUGUCUCCCCGAAAGAACAUGGUCUGCGUGAGCUUUACCUUGCCAGAGGAAGUACGGGGGCUGUCUCGGAUUGAAACGGGAAGAGAAAGCAAGAGUGGCAGCAAAGACGGAGUCGACCAAGAGGAAGCAGGCGAACCUAAAACCAAGCGGGCAAAGACCACGGACGAUUGAUGGACAUAGCCCCUACCGUAUCUUAUGAUGCAUAGUGUAAGCAACCCAUGUAAAAACUUUGCUAGAAUGAUUACCCAAAAGACAAACUACUCGAUAGCUGGCCGCUGGGACCUAGGGACGAUGCUCGGAAGAUGCCUCCUUUUUGGUCGCUUGUCUGCAUGCAGAACCAUCCUCAGGAUACUCGACAAUGCACUCCCCUUGAACAUAUGUUUUCAACACCUGCGCAAACUCGGCAAAUUCCUUCUUUUUGAUCUUGCGCUCUUCGACCAGCCCGGCCGCUGGGUGGUAAAUGUGUCCGUAGGGCAACGAGGGAACUCCCAGUCCAUCGUGCAAAAAGGCAUUCUCCUUGGUCAAGGGUACUUCGACAAACUUGACGACGCCUUCAUAGUCACGGCAGAGUUUGCGAAAGGGUUGUUGGACCGCCUUGCAUGCCUUGCACCAGGGUGCGUAAAAGCGGACGCAGACCAUGCAGUCGCUUUCAUCUGCCACGGCGGCCUUGUACUCUUGAAUGGUCAAGACUUCUUGGGGAAUCACUCGUCGACCAAUCUUCUCCUUGAGAACGCGAGGAAUUCGUGGCAGGAAACCUCCACUGGUUGUCUUGACCCACGCCUUGUCGUCGUCAUUUUCAUCGCCAUUGAGCUUUUCCUUUUCUUCUUCCCUGUUCGGGGGAUCAGCCACCACAAACAGAGGUUGUCUCUGGUGGCGGUUAUCAACGCCUGUAGACCUUGAUAACGAGGGCGAUGAGGGUACAAAGGCAUUUGCUUGGGUCAAGUAGGCUGCCGCCACAAGUAGAAAGUUCAUGAGGUAGCGAUUCAUGAUCAGAGGAGUGCAACCUUGUACAGAGCUUUGAUGGUGUUGAGGCGCCAUGGUAAGAUUAUUAUGUGCUGGUUGGGUAUGGACAGUUCGUGGGAAUGAAUGAAUAAAUGCUGUACAGGUCUGAUUGGAUCGACUGUCUCUUGCAGUCUAUUGAGCUAUGAAAAUACGUCGAGCUGAUGGCAGAAUGGGGAUGAGAAGGCAACAAAUGAUAUCAAGCCAUCAACCACUUGUUCCUCGUUUCUUUCAAGGAAGCAAUCAGCAGAUGUUGAUGUGUCGAACAUUGGAUUUGUGAGAUGCAACUUGACGCAGUCGACGGCGAGUGGCUUUGAAGUCUUUGUCGUUCCGUCAUUUUCUCGAGAGGUCCUGGCUAGAGGAAGCAUUCGUAAGUGAUUGAUUCUUACGCACCGAACAUGUGACGCAGCCAGGUUUAGGCGGCAGUGUGACACUUGUAUUCGUUUGAUUGGUGGCGGGUGGCUUCUGAAUUAGCAGGGAAUAAUACAAGGGGUAUUUUGACUUGUUCACAAAUAAUAAAGCGAUCACGUAUGAUUUGUCCACCCUAGACACCACCCCAGAAAGUUCGAAACAGUUCGAGCACGAAGGUUAGGGUUAUUCCCAUCUGCUGGUACUGGUAUCGCACUAAGGACUGCAACGACGAAAAUUAUAAUGCAGCCUUUCAUUUCCUGGAA